AUGUCAUCUUCUUCACAUAAAACAGAUUCAAUUAUUUCGAAAACGAUUCGCUCUUCGCCUAUACCAGAUCGUGAUUUUUAUAUUGAUGAUUAUUUCACAGAUGAAGAUAAAAUAGGAGAUAGAACAUGUUUCAUUGCUCUUCGCACUACAUCUCGUCAUAUUCCAUCUACAUCUGAUAAAGAAAAUCAGAAUCUACAAGCUCUUCGACAUGUUAUACCAAUAGUAUUUAUUUAUGAUCGAUAUAUAGUUGAAGAAAAAUACUAUGAAUCCAUUGACAAUAUUCCAAUAAUAAAGAAUAACGAAUGUUUAUGGAUUGACAUCACUGGUGUGCAUGAUAAAGCUGUGCUAGCGAGUAUCAGUCAACGAUUCAAGAUUCAUCCAUUAGUUAUACUUGACAUCGAAACCAAUGAACAACGUACAAAGUUAGAUGUUUUUGAAGAUGCUUUAUUUCUUGUUGUUAAACUAAUUUAUCCAGAUCAUAUUACACAGAAAAUACACAUUGAACAAAUUAGUUUCUAUUUAAAAGACAAUAUUCUAAUUACAUUUCAAGAAAAAUCUAAUGAUCUUUUUGAUCGCAUUAAAAAUCGAAUUCGUCAAAAUAAAGGGCGUAUUCGAAGUUCAAAAAUCGAUUAUCUAUUUUAUUCAUUGAUGGAUAUUAUUGUUGAUAAAUAUAUGGAUGUACUUAAUAUAGCUAAUACAAAAGUCGAAGCAAUUGAUCAUCAACUAAUGAAAACUUUAUCACGUGAUACACUUGAAACAAUUUAUGAUCUUAAACGUGAUAUACUUCAAACAAUUUAUGAUCUUAAACGUGAUAUGCUUGAUUAUUGUCGUUUAAUAUCACCAUUGAAAGAAAUAAUAAAUCGACUACAAAAAGAAGAAGAAACACAAAUUAUACAAGAAAGUACAAUAAUAUAUUUAAAAGACUUAUUAGAUCACAUUGUACAAGUUACUGAUACAAUUGAUACAUAUCGUGAAAUGCUUACUUCAUUUAUUGAGUUUUAUAUGAUGUUAAAUUCUAAUGCUAUGAAUGAAGUUGUUAAAGCAUUGACUAUUAUUUCAACAAUAUUUAUUCCUUUAACAUUUAUUGUUGGUUUAUAUGGUAUGAAUUUUGAUAAUAUGCCUGAAAUACAUUGGAAAUAUGGAUAUUUUGUUGUACUUAGUGUUAUGGUUAUAUUAACAUUUAUUAUGUUAUCUUGUUUUAAAAGAAAAAAAUGGCUAUGA